AUGAAGCUCGAUCCCAAAGCGAUUCGAUAUCUCACUUCCGAGGAUUUCCGCGUUCUCACUGCGGUCGAAACUGGAAGUAGAAAUCAUGAAGUCGUACCGACGCCCUUGAUCGUACAGCUCUCAGGCCUCCGGGGCGGCAGUGGAGUCCAUCGGUCUAUCUCCAACCUGGCUAAGACUAAUUUGAUCGCGAAAGUGAAGAAUGCAAAAUAUGAUGGCUACCGGCUCACUUACGGAGGUCUCGACUACCUGGCGCUGAACGCUCACCAGAAGCAGAAAUGUAUCUACUCCGUCGGAAACCAGAUCGGUGUCGGGAAAGAGUCAGAUAUCGUCGUUGUCGCGAAUAGUAAGGGAACACAAUGCAUCUUGAAGAUCCAUCGCCUGGGCCGCAUUUCCUUCCGAACAGUCAAGACCAACAGAGACUACCUGCGCAAUCGGAGUACAGGUUCAUGGAUGUACAUGUCGAGGUUGGCGGCGAUGAAGGAGUUUGCUUUUAUGAAGGCUCUUCGAGAGAACGGGUUCUCAGUACCCGAACCUAUUGCGCAGAACAGACACACGAUCGUCAUGAGCUUGAUCGACGCAUUCCCGCUACGACAGAUUUCGAGAGUCCCCAAGCCUGCGUUAUUGUAUUCGGAGCUUAUGGGUACGAUCAUGGAGCUUGCUCGGUUUGGCCUUAUUCACGGUGACUACAACGAGUUCAAUAUCUUGAUCAAAGAAGAAGAGGAUCCCGAUGCGAAGGGGAAAGUUCCUGCUGAUGCGGAGAACGAUGAGAAUAUCCGGCUGGUUCCGGUCAUUAUCGAUUUCCCGCAGAUGGUGUCAGUCGAUCAUCCAAACGCGGAGAUGUAUUUUGACCGUGACGUGAAUUGCAUCAAGCGCUAUUUCCAACGAAAGUUCCAUUUUGUUAGCGAUGAGCCGGGCCCUUCCUUCGCGGACGCUAAGAAGCAGCUCUUGAAGAACCCUGGGAAGCGGUUGGAUGUCGAGGUAGAAGCGUCUGGUUUCUCGAGGAAGAUGGCUCGCGAGCUGGAAGCCUACAUGAAGGAAGUCGGCGCAAAUGGGGAUGGCGACGAGUCGAAAGAAGGUGGAGACAGCGACGAGGAGGACGAACAGUCAGGAUCGGAAUCACAGGAAGAGCAUGAGCAUGACGACAACGAUCAGGAACGACCGUCUGAUUCUGUAACUGAUGAGAUUAGUGAGAGUUCUCGGAGAUUGGGAGAACUGCAUGUAUCAGAGGCGUCUGAAGGGCGGUAG